CAACUUUAUUAGCUUCGCGCCUUUCACACCCGGUACCUUUUUACUGUUGUCGAUUUUCCGUUUUUUACCCUUCGGGUCGAAUUUCUCCAUCGAACCUUCAACGACGGCGAAACACGUAUUCACUAAUUCAAGCAAUUUGAGAAAGAGCCAGACGGAGAACGAAUCCGCCGAUUCCCAAUUUGGAAGAAAUUUAAGACACCAAUUUCGAAAACGGGUCGCAAACCACGAGACCAUCUUGCAAAACCUCUGACCAACGAGCUCAUAGAACACAAACGAAACAAUGCCUGCUCGACAUUCGACACAACAACAAAUUCCAAUUUAUUCCACGAGAAAUACGUUGAAAAUGUUAUAAACGCUAAAAAAAUGCGUGAAAAAGAAAAUAUUAAAAUUUCUACAUUGAUUGAGACAGUGUUCUGAAGCAAUGGAUUGUUUUCUUAUUCAUAAACAAAUAUAAUGAAUCACUUAGUUUCAAGAGCAUUUGUAAAAAGAGUAUGCACAGAUUAUUUACACCCCCGGUUGAUAAAUUCAAUCGGGGAAGUUAAUUCUGAGCUUCCAGCAGGAGUAGAUGAUUCGCAUAAGCAUACUUCUACAAGUAUAGGCGUAGUCGGUGUGCCGUUCAGUAAAGGGAGUAAAAAUUCGAAAGCAUCUGGAGUUGAAGAUGCGCCUUAUAUGCUAAGAGAAUUUGGCUUAGUAAAAGAAAUGCAACAACUUGGUCAUGAUGUAAAGGACUAUGGAGAUAUUUUAUGUUCCACGAACCAUUUAUCUAAAAAAAGUACAGAUGGAAAUCUACCGAAAUUGCCUUGUUUAAAUGAUCUAUCUCAAGCAUCUGAAAACCUGAGCAAAAUGGUCCAAACCGCAAUGAAGGAUGAAAGGAAGGUUUUGAUUGUAGGAGGCGAUCAUUCGAUUGCUCUCGGAAGCGUCGAUGGCCACAUGAAAGCCAAAAAUGGCAAAGUCUGCCUGCUGUGGGUUGAUGCCCACGCCGACCUCAACACUGCAGACACUUCCGAUACAGGCAAUAUGCACGGAAUGCCGGUUUCUCUGCUUGUCAAAGAACUUUUGCACUAUUGGCCAUACUUACCCGGAUUCGAAUGGCAGCAACCUGAAUUGUCUAUUCAGAACAUUGCUUACAUUGGGCUAAGAUCAGUAGAUCAGUAUGAAAGAUUUAUAAUAGAAAAAUACGGAGUAAGCGCAUAUGGAAUGGAAGAUAUAGAAAAAUAUGGGAUACAUGCUGUAACAAGAUUAGCUCUUGAAAAAAUAAACCCUGACCACACGAGAUCUCUUCAUGUCAGCUUUGAUAUUGAUGCAUUAGAUGCACUUGAAGCGCCAUGCACCGGAACACCAGUUCGGGGGGGACUUACUUUAAGAGAAGCUGUUCACAUAAUGGAGGUCGCUCACAGAACCGGCUGGCUUCAGGUAGUCGACAUGGUUGAAAUAAAUCCGAGCAUUGGCAACCCCCAACAACUGAAAAUUACACUCGAGGCGGCGAUGGCAUUGAUUAAAGCCGCAUUUGGCUUUUCAAGAUCAGGAUAUGUUCCCAAACAUAUAUCUAAACUACCUGGAUUUUAUGCUCCAAUUAAAGGAGAAAAUGAGAACAAGUCCAAAAGUCCACCAAAAGAUAAACAAUAAUAUAUACAAAAAGUAUAUAUGAAGAAUACAUUCUGUUGCCUGUCCUUUUUACCUCUGUAAGAUUGUAAACUGUAACCAAGUUAAACAUUCAAAUUUCUGCUAUUAUAAUAUGCAAAAUACAUUCACUUCAUUUUACGAUUA